CUAUCUGAGGAGUCUCUGCCCACAAGGCUCAAGGACGGCCUGGAGAAGGGCUCUCCCAUCACUGGGAGGAGCCUAAGGCUCUCUGCGGUUAAGGCUUUUCCUCUUUUCUAGAUUCUGCGCUCUGGUAUUUCCUCUGCAACCUCACAGGCCCAGGCGGAGUCAGCAGGGAGGCGGCCGGCCAUGGGCGCCUGCUCAGAAGACCCCCACCUGUGCGGGGCCUCCUGGCUCCUGCGAUUCACCAGCCUCCUCCUCAGCGUCUGCAGCACUGUGACCCGGAGUCCUGGAGCCCAUGAGUCUGCAGCGGAGUUUUCUGGAAUCCUUGCUACUCUGAAGGGGAUUCAAGGAACUCCUGUGCUGUUUCCAGUGAUCAGAAAUCCAGAAUUUGAGCUGGAGAAGAUGUCUUGGGGCGUCGUAUCCAGAUCCAAUUACAUAGUCAUGCUGCACGUGUUUCCUGGGAGAGAUGUUCCACGAUGGGUCAACUUCCAGGACAAGUUUGAGAAGCGGGUCCAUGUGGUCAACACAACGACCCUGAGGAUUGACAACCUGACCCUUGAGGACAGUGGGCUGUACCGGGCUCAAGUUAAACUAACGACAGGAAGACGAUAUCACCGGGAUUUCCACCUGACGGUCUACGAGGCUGUGCCCCGUCCCCAGAUCCGGGCCAUAGAUCUGUCCCUCACACCAGGCUGGUGCAACAUCACCAUGGAGUGUAACACCACGGAAACUAGGGAGGACCUGACCGUGUCCUGGGAGAGCGAGGGUCUCCCCAGGGAGCUGGCGCAGAGACCGGCCCCAGGACCAGCCCCCAACCCCUGGACCCUGGCUGUGAACCUGCCCCUGAGCCGGCCCAGCCCCAGCCUCACCUGUGUGGUCAGCAACCAGGCGGACAAGAAAGCUGCCUCCCAGGACCUUGGGGACGUCUGUGGCCGCGGAACAUCCAACCUGCGUCUGCUCUUCAGUGUUGUUCCCAGGCUGCUCUCCAGCCCUCAGCCCUGCUGGUCCCGGCAGCACGCAGCAGAUCCAACUGGAGAAGCCUCUUCUGUCCACGAGGGAGUCAUCCCAUGGAUUGUUGUUCCUGUGCUGGGGGUCCUCGGAGCUCUACUGUGACUUUAUGUGACAAGUAGGAAGAAGAUGAUGGAGCCUGGGAGAGGCAGGUUGCACUUCUCCAUCCCUCACUGGACCCUGGGCUCCUGUCCUGUAUCUCUCUGCUCAGGGGAUGUCCCUGCAGGAGGCUCGCUGCUGUGGCUGUGGCUGUGGGGGCCGUGGAGGCGAAGGGAGGGGACAGGUUCCCAGGGUCAGAAUCAACCUCCAUCUGUGUGUGACUCAGGGCAGGAUCACAGGAGGAGCCCAGGGACCCUGAUUGUGGCAUCUAAUAGGAAGCAGGAGUCUGGAGACACCGGGGAUGCGGAUGGGGCAGCCUGGGUUCUCCCAAGUCCCUCUGUGCCCGGGUGCCAAUCCCAGUUGCCUGCAGCUUCUGGCCUCCAUGCCUCUGUACCCUUUCUGGACAACGCAGUAUUAACUUAAAAAUUCUCCAGGGGUCCAUGGGACCCCAGAAGAGAAAGAGCGUCCGAGUGGGAAAGCGUCUGUUUCGGAGCAACUCCUGCCGUGUGUCUUCCUCAGCCCCAGACCCCCGCACAUAGCGGCUGACCCUGGAUGGGGGGUCAUUCCCAGCACCAGGCACCUUUGUGGUUCUUGCAUCCCUACUCAGUGUCCUAGAGUCUCAAGCAGUCCUGACGCCGUGUCCCUGCAGCUCAGGUGAGACCCCACGGGGUAGGGUUCGAGGUCUCUGCACCGGCACCAGCACUGGGACGCCAGGCAAGCUGUGGUCUGUGCCUCUGUGCGCCUGCCGUGACUGGCAGGUUCCCAUGAGCUGCUUGUCCGGUUGGUUAUUUGCUGGAGCAGCUCACGCGACAACGGGGACUCAGUCCCUUCCAGCCUAGAGCUUGGUUUGCAGGGUGUAACUCAGAACAGCCGGGUGACAGAGGGGCCGAGAAUGAGGCAUGUGGGGAGGGGUGCGGAGCUGCCUUCCCUCUAGGUGAGCCCUUCCCCCACAGCACCUGUGUGUACUCCCACCCAGAAGCCCUUUGAACCCCGAUCUUUUGGGGUUUUCUGGAGACAUCGUUACAUGGGUACCGCUGGUUAAAUCCCUGACCACUGGGGACUGGGGAACUCGUGCUCCAUCCCUUCUCCCUCCCCGAUGGUCAGUGAGUCGGUCCCUAAGUUCCCACCUGCUAACAGGGUUCACACCUCAGCAGCCGGCCCCUGACCUUGACAGUUUUCCCAAAGUUAUGUCAUUACCACAACUUCAGGGGCGGCUGUAGGGGCUUGUCGUGAACAACCCGACACCCAAUCCACCUUCACGGCUCUGGCCCGAUUGCAGGAACUGGGAGCCAUCCUGAAUAUAACAAGACAUGCCCCUGGGUUCCCAUAUAGGACCUGACCAGAUUCUGGGGUCUGCGUGCCUGGGAUAGUGCAGGAAGACUGACACCUGCUUCUGUUAUGAGUCACAAGAGAGGAUUACAUUAUUGUCCAAAUAAUGACAUUGUCUAGGACCCACUCUGAAUUUUUUAGUAUAAUUAUAAUUAGUUCUUUUUCUCCUCUGGCUUCUGUGACCGCACACUCAGCAGGUGUCCCCAGCGGCUCCUUCUCCGUCUCUCUUUCUGACCCUCCUCCUCUGCUGGUCAGUGCCAGGCCCUCGGUUCUCCCCUGGCCAUAUUUCCUCCCUCAUGGCUCUCAGCAGCCCGGCCAUGCUGAGGCAGCUGCUCCAGCCCUGACGGGACCCCCACCCCGACUGCCUGAUGAACUUCUGCUCUCAAAGCCAAGUGACCAUGCGGAGCACUGAGUGCCCGGCUCCUGCCUCCCCGCCCCCACACCAGCUCCUCCCUGGGCUUUCUCAAUACCUGCAGCUCAGGAACGUCACAGCGUCCUACAGCUGCUUCAGCCGAACUCCUGGAAGUCACCUUGCAUUCUCUUUGCCUCCCCUCUGGGGUCCGAGCACCAGAGCCCUGGUUCCCAGGUCCCUCCCUUUCUCUCCCAUGGCAGGCCUCUCUCCCUGCACCUGCGCCAGGACCUCCUCCGGGAGCUCCCUCAUCCUGGUCUGGUCCGUGUUAUUUCACCGCAUUUAGAAAGUUCUUCAAGUGCUUUGUACAUAGUGUUUCCCUAUAAUUUUCAGUGUUGUUCUUAUCCGUGUUUAUGCCUUGAUCCUCAGUCCUAAUGACAAUUACGUAGAACUGCAA